CACGUCGCCUGCACCUUGUACAUGUCAGUCGCGAUGGAUGUUCAGACGGGUUUGGUCUAUGUGGCAGUGGUCAUAGUGUCUGCUCUGGUGAUUGGAUUUGUCUCCAUUUUUGCCAUGAAAGAAAAGUCCUACGAGGAAGCUAUAGCCGAACAGCGGAAGCUUCCCGAUGAUCUUCUCCUGGGGAAAAAAGAAAAAGUGAAAGAGAAGAAGAAGAAGCACAAGAAGAAGGAGGAAAAGGAAGAAAAAGAAGAGAAAACAGAACAUGUCAAGUUUGAGGAAACUCCAGAAAUUCUGCCACCCGAACCACCUGUGCAAGAAAAUGGCAAGGGUGGUAAGAAGAAGGGAAAAGUUGAAAAAGUAAAGCCGAUUCUUGUGAAUAAGGAUGAACCCGCUAUUGUCAUCUCAGAAACUAGUCCCUCACAACCUGCUCUUUUGCAAGAAAGCAAUCACUUUGAUGUUACUCAGCCAAAGGAUGAUCUUGAACUCAUUAAAAGUCAUAGCCGAGAAAAUUUACAUCAAAUCAGUCAGUCUGAAACCGCAUUGAACAAGUCGCCAAAAGAAACUCCAACUAAAAUCAAUAAGAAGAAUACCAAGGAAAAGGAUUUGAAGAAAAAGGAUGAGCAAAAAGAGGAAAAGAAGGAAGCUGCUAACGUUUCGCCUUCUGUAUCUGCGAAUCAGCAACAAGCUGGCAAAGAAAAUGUGAAGGAAGUUAAGGAGAAGCCAAAAGAAGUGGCAAAGGAGGCAAAAGAAGUGGCCAAAGAGCCAAAGGAAACCAAGGAAAUCGUAAUACCGGUUCAAUCCUUUAACAAGGAAUCCAAGAAAGUUAAAAAGAAAAACGAUAUUCUUGCUCAGAUUGGAGGAGACAAGGAUGGCGUGACCUUUUCGCUGCUGAAGCCUCUAGUUCAAAAAGCUGAGCUCAGUCGUAGCGAGAUUCAAUUUUUGAUCGACCAGCUACUAAACAAGCAACAAGACAAUCCCUUGGAGAACGCUGAAUGGACCGAGAGCCGCGCCGAUCCGAUCAUCAAGCUGAAGAAGCAACUUUCCGAUAAGGAGAAAGCUUUGAAGGACGAACAGGAAGCCAGUCAAUCGGUUCAGAGUAAACUGAUUGAGCUCCGACACGAGUUAAACUCUGAUCGCUCGCGACUCAGGCAGCUCGAGGAGGCCCUAACGGUCAAAUCAGCCGAAGCCCAAACCCUCCAUACCCGCAUGCAGCACAUUCUCGAGAGCCACGCUGCUGAGAAGCAGGGCUUUUCUCGGCAGAUCGAGCAGCUCCAGGCCAAGAUCGCGGAAGACCAGGCCAUUAUUCUCAAGAUGCAGGAAGAGCAGGGCCAAAGUCACGGACAGAUGCAGCAAGAGCUCAUUGCUCAGCGCAAACAGCUCGAGCUGCAGAUCAGCCAGAUGCGCGACAACGAGAACUCGCUCAAAGCCCAGCUCGCUCAGAAACAUGCUGAAAACCAAGAGCUACAGAGCCACCACCUCAGCAUUUCUCAGGAAUUGCAGAACGCCAUCGAAAGAAACGCCCAUGAUGCGGAAGACUUUCGACAACAGAACGCCAUUCUGCAGGAACAGCUCAUGCACUUGGAUACCCAGCUGCAGGAUGUUAUUCGUCAGCUCAAGGAUUCGCAACGCGCUCAAAGCGAUUUGGAGCACAGAAUUGCGAAUAUGCACCGUGUAGAACAAGACUUACAAAAGCGAGUUAUCCGGCUUCAAUCUGAACGUGACGCGGCAAUGGCUGAAACCAGUCAGCUCAACGCUCUCAGAGAAGAAUUAGAAAAAGUAUAUCAAGAAUUGAGUCUCCUCAAGUCUGAGCAGUCCGAGUCUUCAAAUAAGACUGAUGACAGUGAAAAUCUUGCUGAAUUGCGAUCUUUGUUGUCAAUGAAGGAGAUUGAGCUAGAUGUUACUGGCUCAAAACUCGAUGAAGCUCAAAUUGAUUUAGAUAAGGCCCAAUCUGACGUUGAAACUUUAAAAAAUCAGUUACAUCAGGUUCACCAGCAGCUCGAAUCGGCCAAGAGUGAAAUGAUAGAGGCACAGGACAGUUGCAAAUCUUCGCAAAGCGACUUGUAUAAAUGUCAAGAGGAAAUCCGAACCCUCCAAGAUGUUCUGUCCAAGACUCAAGCGGAAUUCUCCAAAAUUAAAAGUACAGUCAGUUUCACCAAGGAUUCCAAGUUUGCGGAAGCGGAAUUGCAAAUCAUCAAAUUAAAGGAGGACAAUGAUAGACUUGCUGCACAAAUGCAGAAUGUUUUGGAGUUACAGAAGGAGGUACAGCAACUUCGGGAAAAAAAUGAAACCUUAGUAUCUCAACUGGCAAACUCCACACAACGUCCAGCAGUAGAAGGUCGAGAAAACGGAAUUGAAGCAAAACUUGAGAAAAAUAGCGUUCAACUUGUUGAAAGUACAAACGCUCUGCUUGAUAAAGAGCAAUUCACAGCAUUAAAUACAGCAUUAUCACAAAAGCAAAAACAACUUGAACAGCUCAAUAGUCAGGUGGAAUCUUUAACGAGUGAAAUCAACAAGAAAAACAAAUUAACCUCGGAAUUACAAGAUGACUUAGAACGGCAAAGAUCUAAAAAUGACGCUGGAAUGCAAAAAAUUAAAAUCGAAGAGCACGAAGCCACUAAAGCUUUGCUUCAAAGGAUAUUCCCAGAAAUCAAAGUGUUGGAAAAAUCACACGAUAAGUGGAUAACGUCGUUUGAACAACAAGCGUACAUGAUUCUACAUGCAUUAAAAACAGUUCCCAAGUCUGACGAUACCUAUAUAAACUUGGAAAACACUAACAAAAAGUUGGAGGCUAUGGUUAGCCACUACAAACAAAUAAUUGAUGAUACGGAGGGAAUGUUGAAUAAGCUUCAAAAUCACAUAGAAUCAGAAGAAAAGAGGUGGCAGGCCCAUUUUAAUCAAAAGGAAAAUGAAGUAUCUAACCUUAGGCUAGAAAUAUUCACUCUUCAGACUAAAUUGUCGUCCAACAACGAGCUUCAACAAAGAAUAACAGAAUUAGAAGCAAGUUUAGCAGAAGUAAAAUCCUUAAAAGAUAACACAAAAUCCGAAUCACAAAUGUUCCACACGCAAUCUCCAAGUCGAAUGGCGGAUCUUGCGCUUUUAGAAAAACUUCAAGAGGAAAAAGCCUGGUUAACACAACAGUUACAAAAUGAAAGUACUCAGCGAGCAGUAAUGGAUCAAGAGUUACAAAAGUUGCGCAAAGUAGUAGAAAACAGUGAGUCGAAUUUGGCACAAGAAAAAAAAUUUGUUUCUCAGCUACAGCGAGAAAUAUCACAAAUUAAGAAUGAAGUUUGUGUUGGCAUUGGUAGUUUAGACCAGUCAACAUUGAAUGGUCCUUCUGUCACUGAUACUUCAAAAUCCGAGGGUGGUUCCGGAAAAAAGUAGCAUUGAAAAGUAAGCCGCAUUAACGAUAUCGAGGGACAGGCAGAAA